AUGAUACAACCAACCCAAGAUGGCGAGCGAUAUGAGCUCACAAGCCCAACCGAGAUGCCCAAAGCUGGUGCGUUCCUGUGGAAUCAACGUAUGAUGAUUCAGGUCACAUGUCGUGGCUUUGCAACUGCGCAGUACAUGCAACCCGAGCCUGCCAAAUACGCCUAUGCACCCAAUCUCGAAGCCAAGACCUUUAUGCAGCCGGAGCAAAACUACUAUGCUCAUCACCCCGGCCGAUUCGUAUACAUCAAGGAUGAAGAGAAUGGCCACAUCUUCUCAGCGCCGUACGAACCGGUAAGGGCAAAACUGGAUCGCUUUACCUUCGAUAUAGGCAAGAGCGACAUCAAAUGGACUGUGGAGAAGCUCGGCAUCCGCGUUGAGAUGACAUUUCUGCUCCCAACAGACGAUGUGGCUGAGCUUUGGAACAUCAAAGUCACUAACAUAUCCGAUCGCAAGCGGAAUCUAAGUGUCUACCCAUACUUUCCCCUAGGCUACAUGUCAUGGAUGAACCAAGAAGCGGAGUGGAAUGCCAACGUUGGUGGCGUGGUUGGAAGCUGUAAGACCCCAUACCAAAAGGCAGAAGACUAUCCAAAGACAAAGUACCUCAAAGACAAGACCUACUUUCUCUGCGAAACCACACCGGUCUCAUGGGAAGCAAAGCAAGAGGCGUUCGAGGGGGAAGGUGGACUACAAGCACCAUCGGCAUUACAGAAUUCGCAACUUUCGAAUAGCGAUGCCCGUUACGAGACUCCAACUGCAGUUGUGCAAUACUGGGCCGACCUGGAAGAGAACGAGAGCAAAGAGUAUAGAUUUCUCUUCGGUCCCGCAUACGACGAAGCGGAAAUUUUGGACAUGCGCAAGAGAUAUCUCAACAAGAUGGCGUUCGCGGAAGCAGCUAGGGACUACGAGGACUACAUUAUGAGAGGCAGCGGUUGCGUGCGUCUCGAGACUCCUGACAAAGAUCUCGAUAAUAUGGUUAACAACUGGCUACCAAGGCAAUUGUACUACCAUGGCGACGUGAACAGACUUACAACCGAUCCCCAAACACGAAACUACCUACAAGACAACAUGGGUAUGAGUUUCAUUAAGCCAGAAGUAGCCAGGAAGGCUAUCAUGACUGCUGUAGGUCAACAAGAGAAGAACGGUUCGAUGCCAGAUGGUAUCCUGCUAGCGAAGGGUGCGGUACUCAAGUACAUCAACCAGAUCCCUCACACUGACCACUGUGUCUGGCUGCCUAUCGCCCUUGAAAUCUACCUUGCCGAGACCGGCGACUACGCACUACUAGACGAGAAGGUGACCAGCAUGUAUGGCGAUACAUUCACUGUUUUCGAGCGCUUCAGCCGCGCAAUGGACUGGCUUCUCUCGUCAAAUGCACGAGAUGAUCGCGGCCUCUCAUACAUUGCGCAGGGUGACUGGUGCGAUCCCAUGAACAUGGUCGGUCCCAAAGGUGUCGGCGUAUCAGGCUGGCUCACGGUUGCAACAGCCUAUGCCGUCAACUUGUGGGCGCAGAUCUGCGAAGACGCCAACAAACCGGACAUCGCAAAGAAAUACCGCACCGGCGCCGAACAGGUCAACGAAUCGGCCAACGAGCACCUCUGGGACGGCGACUGGUACGCCCGUGGUAUCACCGAUGAUAACGUUACUUUCGGCAUCAAAGACGACAAGGAAGGUCGCAUUUGGCUGAACCCGCAAGCCUGGUCUAUCCUUGGGGGCGCGGCUUCUUCGGAGCAGAUUGCAAAAAUGCUUCCCCAGGUUGACGAGCAACUCACAACACCCUACGGAGUAGUCAUGUUCGGUCCGCCGUUUACAGCAAUGCGCGAAGAUGUCGGCCGCGUCACGCAAAAGUACCCUGGUCAGGGUGAGAACGGGUCAGUGUACAACCACGCGGCUGCUUUCUACGCGUGGGCGCUCUACGGUAUCGAUGAAGUCGAUCGCGCGUACAACACUCUCCGCGCUAUGAUUCCUGGUCCUGACGAGGAAGAUCUGAUUCGUCGUGGUCAGCUCCCAAUCUUCAUUCCCAACUACUAUCGUGGUGGUCAUGGAAUUGAGCAUUUGGACCGUACAGCGGGACGUUCAAGUCAAUUGUUUAACACUGGAACUGUGAGUUGGGCGUACAGAUGUUUCAUCGAAGGGUUGUGCGGUUUGAGGGGCGUAAGAGAGGGUCUGAAGAUCGCGCCAAAGAUGCCGAGUGCAUGGGACGGCAUGAAGGUGAGGAGAGAGUUCAGAGGCGCGGUGUUUGAUGUCCAGAUCAAGCGAGGAGAUGUGAAAGAUGCGAAGGUUGUGGUUGACGGGCAGGGAGUGGAGGGCAAUGUCAUCAAGAAUGUCAGCGCGGGAAAGACGUACAAGGUACUUGUGGAGGUACCGAGGGCAAAGAAGACGGGUACGAACGGAACGAUGUCCAAUGGUACGAAGACGAACGGGGACGGUGCCAAUGGGACAAAGUAG